GAGGACGUGAAGGAGGAGGAGGAGGAGGAGGAGAAGAAGAAGAAGAAGAAGAAGAGCAUAAUAAUAAGGAGAAGAAGGAGGAAUGAUAGUGUAAGAAAAAAAGGGAGAAAAAGGUGAAAAUACAGUCGCAGGUUACAGAAUGAAAGCCGGCUAUGGAGAGCUAUAAAAGAGGGGAAAUAUACGCGCCCUGAGAGACUUGCACCAACGAAGUGAAAGGACAAAGUUAAAAUGAAAGAGAUAAAUUUUAAGGUAAAAUGAACGUGAUAAAAUAAUGUGAUUUACUUAGGAAAAUUACGCCCCCUAAUCCAAUUUCCCUGCAGUCCAUCGCAACAGGAGUGCAAGAUGUUUUGCAGGCUCCGAAGAUGAAUUUGGCGAUUGUUAAAAGGAGGAUAGAGGUAGUCUUGGGCUAGGUUUCUGUGGGCCGAAGAAAAGCUCUAUCGACAAUUACUGUUGCUUGUUGCGUGAAGCUUGUUUACAUUCAACUCUUGGAAACACUAUUAACGGAUAUUUUCUUUCGAUUUUGGUAUACUAAGUUGUAAAUUUUGAUGUACUACGGUUUGUAUUAUGAUUUGUAUCUACAAUAUGUACCUUACUAUUUUCUUGUGAUGGAAUAUGGUGAAAUGAGUUUUGUUUUCUCAAUAACAACAAAGCUGUUUUGAAUGUAAAGACGGAAUGUUGCAGAUAUUUCGUUAAGCAUUUUGUUGCCUUGUAAACUAGAGAUUAGGUUAGAGUUACGAGCAUUCCGUCCGUGAAAGGAAAAUGGGAAAUGUCGCACAGUAGACUGCAUGUUUAGUGCGAAAAAGGAAAGUACAUUGUUGGAACUUGUGUUGGGCAAGGAAAACAUAUUUCACAUGGAUAUUUUGGUUGGAAAGUUAUCUGUAUUUGUCAAGAAAGGUUGUAAUUGCUUGUAAUUGUGUAUAAAGUACGCGAGUGUUUGUGCGCGUGGUACUACCGUGACGUGUUUGUGUGAGGUGAGCCCGUGGCGAGGAGGAGAACUGGUCAAGAUGUGGGAGAAUGCAGUACAUAUCGAGUGUUGAGGAAUGCAUAAGGUAUCGAUGUCGCCUCGGAAGCACCAGGGAAGCGUCGGUGGCCAAGUCCCCUUUGGCGCUGCGGAAGGAAGCCGUGCUAUCUUAUUGUGGGUCGACGGAGGCACUGUUAGGUCAGCUUUGGAGCCAAGAUAGGAGAUUAAUGCGUUAAAACGAGUCGGGGAGAGAGGCCAGUGAAGAUAUUGGAACUGGUUUACGGCCAGUGCAGAGAAGGAAAAACGACACCAUUGUGCAUCACAGAAAAUGAAAGAGAGAGGGCGGACUCGGAUAAAUAUUUUCGGACGCAUCUCCGGCAUUAUGAUGUAAACAUUAGGGUAUACCUAAGUUCGAAGAAUCAGGCGAGGCACAAUAAAAUGUUAAAUAAUAGCCCAGAUGGCUAAUAAAGCCAAGUAAGGUACGGAAAGCCUCAUAUCGAGCAGAAGAACAGCCUGCGCAAGUGUUAGGAGAGAAAUAGCAUUUAAGGAGAACACACGGACUCGGGUUGGCGGAGACUCGAGCCCGUAGUGGGGGUGAGGAUGGCGCCUUCGACAGACGUGGCUUCUGUGCCUGCAGGAGAUACCAACAAUGCUUAAGUUAGAAACCGAGAUAAGGACGUUCUCAGACGAUCCCGCAAGUAGAGACCGAAACCAAACACUCCGCGCGAAUAGAAGGAAAGCGAGAAAGGCUGAUAAAGGAGGUGGAAAGGAAACUAGUGAAUUUAACGAUGGCGAAGUUUAAGUAAAGUGAAAGGAUGGAAGCGGUGACGGAGAAGGCGGGAAAAGCGGAUGUUAAUUAUAUAUCCACAAUGUUCCGGUGCGGAUGCAGUUGCUGCUGGAGGUACCAACUCUGUCGGUUCGUGGGCAAGGGCUACGGCUACUCUCCUCCGUCAGCGGUGUUUGACGAUGACCCGGGGAUCAUGUCCGAGGCGGAGACGUCCUCCACGGGGUUCCGUCGGGGAGGCAAGCAAAGGGCGUCUCUGCCGGUCUCGCGGACGCCCUCCUCUAAGACGCUCGACUCGCGCUUCGAAAUGGACGACAACAGCUACUGGGACGAGGACCCGGGUAUCAUGAGCGAGGCAGAGACGUCCUCCACCGGCAGAGGGAGGAACCUGAAGCCUCGAACUUCCCUUCCCAUCGUCAGGACUCCUUCGAAGACACUCGAGCGCCCUCUCGGCCUGGUGUUCCUCCAAUACCGCGGGGAGACGAAGCGAGCUCUCCUGCCCAACGAAAUCACCUCCCUGGACACGGUGAAGGCUCUGUUCGUGCGAUCCUUCCCCAACCAGCUGACGAUGCAGUACCUGGACCUGCCAUCCGUCAAGAUCUACAUCCACGACUCCAAUAAGGACAUGUUCUACGACCUGGAGGAUCUCAGCGGGACUUGCUUUAUAAGAGACAUCCGCGACCGCUCAGUCCUCCGCGUGUUCGAGGGCGAGGGCGUGAACGGCCAAGGAGGAGGUGCUUGGGAUCAGGACCAGUCGUACUUCAGCGAGCCCGAGUUCGACUCCGAGUUCCAGCAGCAGCACGUGCACAAGACCAAGGUAAGGGGUGCUUUACCAAGGCAUAAGAUCGUCCACGUGGGUCCUUCUGUUGUCAGGUAAUGUUGAAAAUGGGAAGAAUAGAAGGAGGAGGCGUUGCAUGGUGCAAUCGGGGUCGAAAUAUGGCCGUGUUGCAGGAUUCUCGUGUCUAUUUUCAAUUGUAUUUCUUUAUCUUAUUCGCGUGUUGGGUGUUUG